UAACGAAUAGACGCAGCGAGUCUGAGUACGCAUACAUAUCUACAACAAACAUCACCUAAAAGUGCCUUUAAAUAAGCAGCCCAAACCUCUGCUACAUAGAAGAAGCACUAAUAAUGGACGUCCACCUCCUAGCUCAGAUGUCAACUGUGGUGGCUCAAAGUAUUCGACAGCUCCUCCAGCUCAUUGGUUUUCGCAACUUGGACGUUUUCAUGGAAUGGCACUUGAAUGGUGACAUUAAGCGCAACGCGAGACUCUCCGUCUUGGGGAUGUUUGCUUGAAAUCGCUAAAAAUCUGAAACCCAUACAGACAAUCUAGCCAACAAAUGUGUUUCAAACUUCAGAAAAUUUGGUGGAAGUGACUCCAUUGUGAAUUUAUUGACAUUUUAUCAUAUUUAAUUCUAUUUAAUACACAAUUUCUUCCGGUGCGACGUGGUUCAUUCACUGUGGGACAGUCUACAAGAACGUUGCGUCACGGAACAUUGAUAACAAGAAAACUCAAUCCAUCAAUUGAAUCUAUCAUGGAAUAGUGACUUGAUAGCUUAUUUGGCCUCGUUAGUGCAUGCAAACUCGUUGAAUUAGAGAUGUUGGAAUUGCAACCGUGUAAAGAAGUUCCUAUAAACUUUAAUGUCAUUAUUAUCGUCUCUUACGACGAGCAGUGUUAUGUGGGCACCCACCCAAUUCUCAGUGCAUCUGAUGUGUAACAAGUGAUCAAAGCCGUGAAGUGACGCACGUCAUGGCUCGAAAGCGUUUUAAAUUCCUUAUUUUCAACAGAAAGAUUUGCCUAUUAAGACAGAAAUUGAAAGCCCCCAAGUGUUAGACAAGUGUUAGAAAAAGUGCGAGUGGUGGGUGUGGUGUCUCACUAGACAAUGGGUGCAAGUCCCACUCACCUCCUCAGAGCAGUACCCCAACCAGAGUGAUAAGAAAGACAACAAAAUCAACCAUGGGCGACUCAGCGUAUUUCAACUACAAUUUUGCCCUCAUGCCAAUUCCAAUGUUGACCCGAAUGACGUUUAUGACGGUGCCAUCAGUUGUAACCAUGUAUGCUGCAGUCAUGUAUUAUUCCGACUUUCUGAGGUCUCAAUCCGUUCAAUUUUAUGAUCCAUUUCACUACGAGGAGUUUGACUUUAUAGUUGUGGGAGGAGGUUCGGCAGGGGCAGUUGUAGCGAACCGGCUGUCCAGGUGGAAUCGAGUGCUUUUGCUUGAGGGUGGAGGUGACCCAUCUCCUCUGGCGUCCGUCCCCGCGAUGGCCGUCUACCUUCAGAGGAUCGAUAGCACCGAUUGGCAAUAUAAAACCGUUCCUCAGAAUAAGUUUUCAAAUUCUUGUCUCGCAAUGGUUGGUCAGCAGUCCAUGUGGCCGCGCGGUCGCGGAUUAGGUGGCACUUCCAACUUGAACUUUAUGAUUUAUCAGAGAGGAAAUCCAAAGGAUUAUGAUGAGUUGGCAGAGUCGGUAGGAGAUUCGGGAUGGCGCUAUGAAAAUCUACUCCCGUUUUUCCGAAAAUCAGAAAAUUAUCAUGGGAAUUAUCCGAAUGAAAAGUAUCACGGGUCUCAGGGACCUUUGUUCGUUGGCAAACUAAAGGACGGGAACAUUCUAGCCGAUCGCUUCAUCAAAGCUGCGAGAGAAAUGGGCUUCAAAGAAAGGGACUCAAAUUCACGUCAGACUCAAGGAUUUAGUAAAUUGGACGCCACAAUGAAAGAUGGAGUUCGUUGGGGAACAUUUGAAGCAUUCUUGAAGCCUAUUAUCGAUCGAAAGAAUCUUGUGAUUUAUCGUUAUGCACGAGUUAUUAAAAUUCAUCUGGAUCGACGAAAAUCAGCUUACGGCGUGACUUAUGUCCGUCAUGGGAUGCAGAAAUUUGUCCGUGCACGAAAAGAGGUCAUAAUUAGUGCUGGAGCAGUUGACUCGCCUCGGCUGCUCAUGCUCUCUGGAAUUGGGAUCAAGUCACAUUUGCACCAAGUUGGGAUCUCAUGCCGUGCGAACCUACCCGUUGGUCAGAAUCUGCAGGACCACGUAACCACGCUAUUAGGUCCCGUGACUAUGAAGGCAAAAAGUCUGUUGGUCGACAGGGACGUUAAUAUACACUCCAUUAAUCAGUAUUCCAGGCAGGGCGGAGGUCCCUUCUCGUCCCUCGCUGGCGUCUCUGCGGUGGGAUUUGUCUCCACGCCAAGUACAAAUAAGGAUAAGGAUUGGCCUAACGUUGGCUAUUUCUUAAGCACGAGUGGGGUUCAUAAGACGCUGGCGGACGAGUUCACUUACAUCCUUGGGCUGAAGCCUGGACUCCUCGACAAAUAUUAUGGUCCUCACGUGGGGAAAGAUGCCAACUUCGUUCUAGUCAUGUUGGGGAGACCCAAGAGUCGUGGAGAGAUUAGACUUGCGAGCAGAAGUCCAUGGGACAAGCCGAUAAUUGAUCCAAAAUAUUUUAGCCAUCCGGACGAUAUUGUAUCAAUGGUGGAAGCCGUCAAGUUUAUUGUGAAUCUGUAUGAGAAGACUGAAACGUAUCGAGGUUUGGGAGCGAAACUAGUGAAUAAUCAUUUUCCAGGAUGUGAAAAUUUCAAUUUGAAGAGUCCCGCGUAUUUCGAAUGCUACGUUCGUCAUAUGACUUUAACACUUUACCAUCCUUCUUCAACGGUCUCAAUGGGUCGCAGGCACAACGACUCGACUGCUGUGGUCGACUCCCAUCUGAGGGUUCUGAAAACUCGUGGUCUUCGCGUCGUGGACACGUCAGUCCUUCGAAAAAUCACGAAUGCCAAUUUGAAUGCUGCUGCCAUCCUGAUUGGCGAGAAGGGCGCGUCUCUCGUCCAGACGUACUGGGCCAUGCAAUAUGCCGUUUGUGAUAAGCUUGCACACUUCCUAGGACAGCACAAUGGCCAAAUGUGUUUCUAUUCUCGGAUGCCAUAACUAUGCAUAUAGUAAAAAAUUAAAUUACUACUACAUAUAUACUAUUUUACAAGUUAUAAUAACUAUGCUAAGGGUAACAUAUGCUCUAAUAAACCAUAAUUAAUUAUUCCCA